GAGAAGGGGCACGGCCAUGGGGCGGAGCCGGCUGCGCUGCGCUCCGGCGCUCCGCGGCUGCCGGGCACGGGGCGCGCACGGCAGUGGGAGCCCAGCGCCGCCGGGAGCCGCCCGCCGACAGCUCCGUGUGUCCCCCGGGGAGGGGGGAGCCGCCGGCAGGUUGACCAGGCUGGAUCACGGCAAUAAGGACCUGGAGCAAGGAUCCUGCCUGAUGCAUGUGUGUUACGACCUGACUUCUUGAGGAGAACAAGUAUUUCUCUGAAGAUCUGCCCCUUCAAAGCAGCACACAGGACAAGCUUGGUUAGAAAGAGAUACAUGGGACACACAGAGAAUUAAAGAGUAAAAUAGACAGCGUGCUUCAAGUCCCAAGAUUUGUGAAGGAAGAAUUGGGUCAAGGAGCCUGAAGACCAUGGAGGGAGACUGCCUGAGCUGCAUGAAGUACCUGAUGUUUCUUUUCAAUUUCUUCAUAUUUCUGGGAGGAGCAUGCCUGCUGGGCCUUGGGAUCUGGGUCAUUGUGGAUCCUACAGGCUUCCGAGAGAUAGUGGCUGCCAACCCCCUGCUCUUCACGGGAGCCUACAUCAUGCUGGCUAUGGGAGCCAUGCUCUUCCUGCUGGGUUUCCUCGGCUGCUGCGGUGCCAUCCGUGAGAACAAAUGCCUCCUGCUCUUUUUCUUCAUGUUUAUUUUGUUAAUCUUCCUGGCGGAGCUUUCAGCUGCUAUCCUGGCUUUUAUCUUCAGAGAAAAUCUGACCAGAGAGUUUUUCACCAAGGAGCUGAAGAAGCAUUACCUGAGGAACAAUGACACGGAUGUCUUCUCUUCUACCUGGAACUCUGUUAUGAUCACAUUUGCCUGCUGUGGAGUGAACGGACCAGAAGAUUUCGAAGCUGUCCCUCUCCUUACAUACUCGCCUUUGGAAAGUGCGACACCGGAGGCUUGUUGCCAACGAGAGCUCCAGAGCCGGGAAGGGAUGUUUGUCAACAGGGAAGCCUGCCUCACAGGCAUUGAGAGGUUUCAGAACCGACAGGGCUGCUACACUGUGAUCCUGAACUCCUUUGAGACCUAUGUGUACCUUGCAGGAGCCCUUGCCAUUGGAGUGUUGGCUAUUGAGCUCUUUGCCAUGGUCUUCGCUAUGUGUCUCUUUCGAGGGAUGCAGUAAGAAGUGGCCCAUGAACCGCCACGUUCCCCACAUGCUCAGAAGAAAGAAGGAAAACGAGAAGAAACAAAACCUGAAAACACCCAGAAAAAAAAACCUUUAUUUUUUUUAACAAAACGGGGUAGGGGGAAAAAAAACACAAAAAGAAGAAAAAAAGAAGAAAAAAGAGGGUUGUAAUAUAUGAAUGACCAAAAGGAUUGUACUUCAGGGGCUGGAACUUUGAGGUGAUGUGCACUACACUGUACACCGGACCCUUGCCCAGAGCCACCCGCAGGAGCCCAGCACAGCAGCUGAUUGCACUAGAGACUGAUGGAGCUGAUGGGGAAGAGCAAGAGGACAAACAACGGCUGCUUUAUCCACUCAGCUGUCUCUACGUUCAUGACUUUAUCAUGUUGUAGACAGCAAAGGACUGAAGCACACAGGGGCUGGAUAAGGCAGCGGGUUGGCCAAAGUUUGUGACUGUCCAGGUGGGUUUGAGACGAGCGGUGGUGGCUCAUCUAAGGAGUAGGUAGUCAUUGUUGGUGUGGUUCUGGCUUUAAAUCCCAGCCACAGAAUGAAAACACAUGUUCUUCAGUGGAAGCUUUGGCUCUGAAACUUGUUGGAGAAACCAACAAGGAUGUUGGCUUCUCUCUGGAGCCCCAAGUAGGGGCAGCAUGGUCUUGGUGAUGGGAGUCAGCUAAGGCUGGCUGAUGGUCAAGAGUUUGGUGCCUACCUUUCUGCUUUUACUAAGACUUAUAGUUCCUUGUUGUGAAAGAGAAAGAGACCAAACGUUUCCCUGCUGUGUUCCCAUCUCCUGGGAAAAAGACUGGCUCUGGUCAAGAAUCACUGAUACUGCUGCCUUCCUGAGAAGGGGAGGAGAUAGUGUUUAAACCUUGUCAGCCUUUGCCUUUCCCUUCAUACUUGCAAAAACCAGUUUGUGGUGCUCAGCAUAAAAAUUUGCAGUGGUUCCUACAUGUUCUCCAGCCCUAGGGGGAGGGCCAGGCAUGGUGCUGGAUGGAGGAGACUGAGGUCUGCCAGCCAUUCCCAUGCUACGUGCAUCAUUUCUGCUCAGAGCAUUUCCCCUGGGAUGCUCCCAUGGGCUCACAAUGCAAACAUCAAGUCAGAAUUGGUUUAGUCUGCCUGUUAGUUGUGUUUCCUCCUUGAGAUAGUUUGACAUUUAACUAACAUGUCAUCUACUUAACCAUUUGGAAGUGAACUUGAGGAAGAUGCCUGGGACUGCGCCUUGGUCAGAGAUGAAGAUGGAAGUGCUGAAGACCCAGGUAGGCUCUGAGAGCACUCAGCAUGCAGCUGAACUGCUCCAGCUGCUGCUCCAGUGGUCAUGGUUAUCAGGUCACUGGCUUCUCUCCUCUGGAAGCAUCAACCCCUGUUGCCUUAAUUGUUCAUCUGGUCUCUCCCUGACCCAAAACCCAUUUUCCACAUGAGAAGACAGAAGGGCUGUGGUUUCUUGUUUAGCUUAGGUCUUUUUACACUUUUAUAGGCUCAGAUUAUGGAGCCCUUUUAUACAGGCUUAAACCAGCCCCUCUGAAAGCUGUAACCACUGGCAAGGAAGGAGAGGGGGCAGAAGGCAGCAGCAAGGAGAUGAGCAGUAACCUCAUGCCCUGGCUUUGCAGCAGCAGGUACACUGGCUGUUCCCACACACUACUGGGGCUGUGUCCCUUGAGCUCUCCCAGUGGCACUACACAGGCUACAGGGAAGGAAGGAAAGCACCAGAAAGCAUGGUCCAUAAUAGACAAGAUUCUGUAAUAGAUUAGAUAUAAGGAAGAAGUUCUUUACUGUGAGGGUGGUGGGACAGUGGAACAGGUCUCCCAGACAAGCUGUGGCUGCCCCAUCCCUGGCAGUGUUCAAGGCCAGGUUGGACAGGGCUUGGAGCAACCUGCUCUACUGGAAGGUGCCCUUGCCCAUGGAACUAGAUGAGCUUUAAGGUCUUUUCCAACCCAAACCAUUCUGUGAUCCUCGAUAAAUAUCCAGUUUGGGAACUGGGAUGCUAAGGAACAGGAGGGAGCUAUUAGAGCUUUUCCAAGCUUCAUUUGAGAACAAUUUGCUCAUCAGCAGGAGAGGCCUGGGGCAGGUAGAGCUGCAGCCUCCCCCCAUGCUUCAGUCAGCAUAUUCGAGCAAUGAAAUAGGUUUCCAGGGCUGCUGAGCAGCCUCAGAUGUUGCGUUAAACCUCAUGGAAAGCAUUUCCGCACUCUUUCCCUCUGGGCCUUCUUUUAAUGAGGCAUUUUAGCAUUAAAUUCUCUUGUUUAAUGAAGGAAAACAGUUUUGCUAGCCAAAAACCAGGAGUAUUUGUGCCGGACAGCAGGUGCUGUGCUUGUGAUAAGGAAAAUCUGUUGCAUCUACUAGCAUUGGAGGGAAUGGGCUGAGCAGAAGGCGAGCUUAUCUGUUCUGCUUCUGCCUCAGGAGCUGUUGUUAGGGACUGUUCUGGCAGAGCAAUUCCCAGGGGAGGAACAAAAGCAUCGGCAGAGAUGGUGAUUUGGCUGGAGGUGAGUGAGAGAAGCAGAACUUUCUCCUCCCAGUCUCAGGGGUUUUUCCCCCCCUUUCCCUCAGUAUAUUAUGCCAAGGCCUGGCUUGUCUCAUUGCAGAGCCUGGAAGGCAAAUACCCUGGUUUGUGCAUGGUGGGAGGUGAAGGGGGAAAAGGAAAAGGAAGAAAUAAGAAGAAAAUAGUCUUUUAGAACCUUUUUAUGCUACCAGUGGAGUGGGGAAAAAAACGUGUCAGUGAUGCAGAAACAACUGUCAGUGAUGGGGAAAGCCAGAGCAAGAAGUGCUAAAUACACACACCUGUGGUACUGUCCCUGCUGGCUUGUUUCUCUUUGGCCUUCCAAAUCCUGCACGCGUUGCUUUGUCUGGUUUUAGCUUCCUUGCUUUCCCUCUCUCCCUAAUGGCAGCCCCUGUAUCUUCAAAAGGCUGUUAUUCAUAGAAUCAUAUAACAGUUUGGGUUGGAAGGGACUGUAAAGAUCAUUAUUCAUCUGUUAUUCUGGCCUUGGCACCGCUGUUUCUCCUCUCUUACCUUGCCUUAUCCCUCCCAUUGCUCUUCUGGGUGAAGACUUAAAUCCUCCCUGGAGCUGGCUAGCGUGCCAUUGGGAACACAGCUCGGAACCCCAUCAUAGGCCAGGCAGCACAUAUCAAACAAGAACUGGAGAUAGCUGUGAAGAUAACAGGCAAGCCUGUGGAAGUCAGUAACAGGCAGAAGGAAUUUCCCCCUUAGGAGACCUUAAUGAACAAGCAAGUCCAGAAAGCACACUCCUGCUGUAUGGAAAAGCGUGCGGAUGUGAUGGUUUUGUCCCUUGUUGAUGUGGCUGCCCCUCUGUUGUACAGUAGUUUUGUGAACAGGAGGCAGGAGGAGCAACUGUAUUGUUAUGUUUAACAGCUCUGGUGAGUAUUUUGGGGCCAGGGUCUCAGGCUGGGGACCAGAGGGAGCUGCUGUGCUGCCACCUCCUUUGCUGUAGCACUGUGCUUACAGCCCAAGCACCUUGGAUGAAGUAGUAGAGAGCAGCCUGUGCCUGCAAACCCAUAGCCCCUCCUGGUGCCCCUGUUAUUUAAUGCUCAAAUGACUGUCACGAAUGCCUGGGAAAAGGGCUGUGUGUGGAAUAAUGUUUGAAAUCUAUUUUAAAAAGAAACACAAAAAAAAAAACCAAACCCACCUGUAAAUGUUCUUUUUAUUAGAUAGUGGAGCUAAUUUAUCCUGUAUUCCCUACUGUAAUGCUUUUUUAUAUUGAAAGGAUUUGGUUUUGGUAAUAUAAAGCAGAACACAAGCCUGAAGCACUCUCUGCACGGAUUUUGUGUGCGUUUCUUAAGAAAAAAAGUAAAAAAAAAAAAUAAAUGAAAGAAAGAUAUUGUGACAGUGAA